GUCGCGCAAUGGUAUCCUUUGAUAGUAGUGGUGCUCGCGCUAGGUUCUGACAAAAAUUUGCGUUAAAAACGGUGUAUAAAAUGCAGAAACGGUCUAACUCGGGAACUCUUGGGUUAGCUUGGAAGAUGCUUCCUAUGAUAAGUGAAAGAAGCAUCCAGAUCCCAGGGGGAUAUCACCGAGUGGCUUAGCUGUCGCAUUUAUCCAACAGAGAUGUCUGCGCCCUGAGAAACGGACUGGCGGACAGACAGACGUCUCUGUCAACUUUUUCUGUGUUCUGAUUUCCGAUACGAAAUGCUGUUUGGAAAAUUCGGCAACUCUCCGGAGCGUAUUCUCUAGUGCGCGUUAUUCUGUCGGGUGCGUGAUAGCCUGUACCAGUACGUAGAGAUGUUUUCGUCGCCGGCGUCAGUGGUGGGCGAGCCAUCAGGCUACGACUUUCAGAAAGAGGAGAACGCCGCUAAGUGGAAGGGGGUGUUUGUCAACUCCCUACGCAAGGUACUAGAGCAAGUACAUCCUAGUCUUGAAGCACGACAAGAUGCCUUAGACUACGUUGAGAGCUUAAUCUUAAGGCUGUUGGGAAUGCUUUGUGGUCAUCCUCCACCACACACACCUCAAGAUGUGGAAGAAAGAGUAAGGCGUACUUUUCCCACUCCCAUUGACAGAUGGGCACUUAGAGAUGCAAGAGAUGCCUUGGAAAAAGGAAAAAAGAAAUCACCAUUAGUUCUUCCAGUUGACAAAAUUCAUCAACUAUUACAAAAAGAAGUAUUACAACAAAAAAUUGAUUUACAAGUUGGUCUUUUUGUAGUAGGAGUCUUGGAAUAUAUUUCAGCAGAUAUUUUGAAGCUAGCUGGAAACUAUGUCAAGAAUAUACGUCAUGUAGAGAUAUCCUGUGAAGAUAUAAGGGUUGCAAUGUGUGCAGAUAUGGUAUUAAUGGACUUAUUUUAUCAAGAUGAUUAUGCAGAGGGUCCACAAAGUGGUUUAGGUGCAGUGGUUUCUCAGACUUAUGAAGAAUCUGUUCGAGAUCUCAUACACGAUGAACGUCAUUAUUUACGUGAUCUCCAUAUGAUCAUUAAGGUUUUUCGGGAAGAAAUCGCAAAAUUAGCACAAGAUAGAACUGAGAUUGAAACCCUUUUCAGUAACAUUAUGGACAUUUACGAAGUUACUGUGACGUUACUUGGUAGUUUAGAAGAUAUAAUGGAAAUUACUGAAGAGAAACAAACACCUACUGUUGGGUCAUGUUUUGAAGAACUGGCAGAAGCAGCAGAAUUUGAUGUUUAUAUAAAGUAUGCAAAAGACAUUAAUAGUCUAGCUAGUCGAGAAGUUUUAACAAAUUUAUUAUCAAGGCCUGAAGCUAAUGCUGCGUUAAGAGCAGCAGGUCAUGGUUUUAAAGAAGCUGUCAAAUAUUAUUUGCCAAAACUUUUAUUACAACCAAUAUGGCAUUGUUUUUUGUACUUCCAUUACAUAAAGGUAUUACAAAAACGUACACCAAAUAUAGAAGAUGGUGAAACAUUGGAACAAGUACAAGGUCUUUUAAAUCCACUGCAGAUGGAAUUAUUGCAAUCUAUGGCGAGUCUUCCAAAAAAAGAUACAGGUCUGCGAAUGCAGAGUAGAGCAAGGAGACAAGCUGCACUAGAGAAAACUAGUGAAUUACAAAAAACUGUUGAUGGUUGGGAUCAGAGAGACGUCGGACAAUGUUGUAAUGAAUUUAUACGUGAGGAUAUGUUGUGGAAAGUAAGUAAUGGAAAGAGGCUAACGGAACGAAGGGCUCUUCUGUUCGAUGGUUUAUUAGUUCUUUGUAAACCAAGUGGUGGCAAAAGAGUUAGCGUUACGGUUGCAGCGGUUGGUGUGGUAGGUCAUCCACCUCAUCAAGGCGAACUGCGUUUAAAAGAAAGAUUUUUUAUUAGAAAAGUUGAUAUUAUCGACAAAGAGGAUACUGAAGAAUUAAAAAAUGCCUUUGAAAUUGCACCAAGGGACCACCCUAAUGUUAUUCUUGUUGCCAAAUCCGUCGAAGAUAAAAAUAGUUGGAUGGCGGAUCUUGUAAUGUUGAAUACAAAGAGUAUGUUAGAAAGAACUUUGGACAGUAUACUUUUGGAUGAGGAAAGGAAACAUCCCUUAAGGUUACCUCCACCACAUUUAUAUCAAUUUGCCGAACAAGAUAGCCCAGAAAAUAUUGUUUUGGAAGCUAGAGAAAAUGGAGGUGUUCCAUUAAUUAAGGGCGCAACUUUGGUUAAAUUGGUAGAAAGAUUAACUUAUCAUAUAUAUGCUGAUCCAGCUUUUGUACGAACAUUCCUUACUACUUAUAGGAGUUUUUGCUCACCUCAAGAACUGUUGACAUUGUUAAUCGAAAGAUUCGACAUACCAGAUCCUUCUUUAGUUUACGGUGAGGAAGAAAAAUCUUCUGGUUGUAAAACAACUGCUAGGGAAGAUUGGAAAAGAUAUAGAAAAGAAUUUUGUCAACCUGUUCAAUUUAGAGUUUUAAAUGUUUUAAGACAUUGGGUUGAUCAUCAUUUUUAUGAUUUUGAACGCGAUAGGAAUCUUUUGGAAAGAUUGCAAUUGUUUUUAGACACAGUAAGUGGAAAAUCAAUGAGAAAAUGGGUGGAUUCAGUAAUAAAAAUUGUGCAAAGGAAAUGCGAACCUUCAGAACAACGACCUAUUACAUUUAGCUUCGAACGAUCUCCACCACCUAUUGAGUGGCACCUAAAAGUUCCUGAAGAAGAAUGGGGAAUAUUAACGUUACAUCCAAUUGAAUUAGCGAGGCAAUUAACUCUGCUAGAGUUCGAAUUGUACAGAACUGUAAAGCCUUCGGAAUUAGUUGGGUCAGUAUGGACUAAGAAAGAUAAAGAAAAGACAUCACCAAAUUUACUGAAAAUGAUAAAGCACACAACAAACUUUACACGGUGGCUUGAAAAAACCAUAGUAGAAGCUGAAAAUUUAGAGGAGAGAGUUGCAAUUGUAUCACGAACAAUUGAAAUUAUGAUGGUGCUUCAAGAUCUUAAUAACUUUAAUGGCGUAUUAGCAAUUGUUAGCGCAAUGGGAUCUGCGUCCGUUUUUAGGUUAAAAUUUACAUUUCAACAAAUACCAGCACGACUGGAAAAGGCCCUAGAAGAAGCAAGAGAACUAAACAACGGUCAUUUCCGGAAGUAUCAAGAAAAAUUGCGAUCCAUUAAUCCACCUUGUGUACCAUUUUUUGGCAUGUACCUGACCAACAUCCUACACAUUGAAGAAGGGAAUCCGGAUUAUCUGCGAGGAAGUCCAGAACUUAUAAACUUUAGUAAACGACGAAAAGUGGCGGAGAUAACCGGAGAAAUUCAGCAGUACCAAAAUCAACCUUAUUGUCUUUCGGUGGAACCUAGAAUAAGACAUUUCAUUGAAAAUUUAUCACCAUUCGAUCCUAAUAUGAAAGAGGCCGAUAUAAGCAAUUAUUUGUACAAUAAAAGCCUAGAAGUAGAACCCAGAGGGUGUAGACAACCACCUAGAGUCUCUCGUAAAUGGCCGGACUUAAAUUUAAAAUCGCCGGGCAUUAAAGCUAGAAGUUUGAGCGGCAAAUUACCAGCUCCAUUGCAAGCUGUAGCCUCCAGUGUAAGAUUACACGAUCCUCCACCGGAGGCACCGCCGCCAGAAUUACCAGAAACCCCUCCGCAUGCUUCACAUAUUACAGUUUCUCACAUAGGGGACCACACUGUCUUUGCACCUGUUUUACUAGGAGGUACAGCUCAACCUCCAGGUUCACCAGGUCCUCUUAGUAUGUCAGGACUUUCGAUCAGCUCUCCGGGUAGUAGCCCGCAACUAGGAUCACCUGGUCAUUUGCCUAUCCCACAUCAUCAACCGCAAAAUAGUCACUUUGGCUUUAAUUCUGGUACGAUUGGUGUAAUGGGAGCCUUGACCGGUAUGCCAUCGUCGGGUGGAAGUCCUGGUGCUGCGAUACCACCUCCUCCGUCUCCUAGCCAUGUACCUCCCUGUCAACCUCCGCCCCCUUUGCCACCAAGAUCUCAUAGGAAACGAGAGAGUUCCAUAAGCGAGUCGCCGCAACAGGCGAGACAAGCUCCAAAUGCACCCAUACUUCCUCCACGGGAUGGUACGUCUCCACCACCAUUGCCACCACGAAGAGAUUUGCCUCCGGUGACGUUACCCCCUCGCCUUCCUACAACGUUGAAUCCGAACUGUUCGGCGCUACUCGCAAGGCGGAAUUCCACGUUGGAGAAUACAUGUUCGAGUGUUGUUCAUACAAGAAGACACAUGUCUUUCAAUGGGCCCAGUCCUACGAAACUUCCACCUACGCAACCUAAUGGAUCGGUAACUCCAAGGCUACCACCAAAACCGAUGCCGGGACGUCCACCAACCACCAUGUUUAAUUUCAAUGCUCCUCCUGGAUCUAGUUAAGUGUUACAUCUUCCUACCUCUUACCUAAAUUAAAACGCAUCAUUUGGAAAUCGAGAUUUAGUCCACUCAGAAGGAUUAGUCGAGUCGGAUGUUUUGCUUGUUCGGUAUGUUUGACAAUGUAAAGUUCAUGCUGUUUACGUAACAUUUUCACAGGAAACUUCGUAGGAGCACAAGAUUUAUUCAAUUUAACUGUAUUAAUGUAUCUACCGGGAUUUCUUAGUCAGAUACUUGAAACAUAGUCGGUAAAUACAUUAAUGCAAGACAAAGAAAUUCAACGAAAAUUUUCUUGCGACACGGCCCAUACGUGAUGAGAUGCUGUUACAUUCCUUUUUACGAUUUAUCUUUUUAAUACGUGUGACACUAUUUUUAUUGAAAGUUUAUUUUUCGAGAGAAUAUAGAAUGUUUUAUCGCAUAUAGUAUAUUUUUAGAGGUUUUUUUACCAAGUGAAUAUAUAUAAUCAGUAAAUGUAAGGCUUUAUAUCCUGUUCGAUUGAAUGAACUCAGUUGAAGCUAUUUAUCCUUGAGAGAUACCCAAAGAAAUGAAAUUUGUACAGCUCGCCUAAUUAAAAGAAUUGUAUCAAUCUCUGUUAUUCGAAUCUACAGAAUAUUUUUAUAAAUAAACGAAAUGGAGUUUCUUUGAUAACUUUGCAUAUCUGGGUCUCGUAUAGUAGCAUAACGCAUGUUAGUUCUAAUACAGGUAUAGAUAAAAAUAAGCGAAGGAAAGCCAAAAUUAUUUCUGCAAUAAUGUAGCAGCAGGAAUUUUAUUAAAUAAAAACAUUUUGUCUAACACUCAAGUUUGUGAAUCACGUGUACGCGCGCGCAUACACACACAUACACAUAUACAUUGUAUUAGAAAAAGUACUAUGCUGCAAAGAGCAUAAAAAUGUAUGAGAUUUUUGCUACGAGAUUCCCUUAAAAAAGAAAAAAAAUUAUCAACGUAACUUUAGCACAAAAGCAAUAAUAUUACAAGAGUAUAUGUUACUGUAGGACGGAUUGCUACAAAUGAUUUUACCUGCAAACGAUUUAGGAUAAAAGAAAAACAAGUAAGGAAACAUGGAGAUUCUUUCUCUAUUUCAAAAAUUUUACAUGAAUUAUAUUUUUAUGAUUUGUCAUUUAGGACACAUAUAACACACGGCAUAUGUUUCGAAACGAUGUGUGUAGAUCAUUUUAUAAAUAAGAUAAAUACUGCUUUUACAGACUAUUAGGAAUGUAGGGUACAUUUCAUCGCAGCCGUUUUUCGGAACUAUGGCUAAUGAAUUUUGAGUUAAUGCGUCCAUCAGAUCCGAGGAGAUCUGACUGAAUGGACUAUGUAUCGAUUUCGGUUGUCCGAACGGUCUCCUUUUCUUUAAAACAAGAAAAAAAAAGCAAAAAAGAUCCUUAUCUAUCCCUCAACACAACUGUGAUACACUUUUAGAUUUUAAAAAGGACGCAGAAGACGCAAGAAAGUGCAGUAUGGAUUGAAUCAUAGGCCAAUAAGCAUAGAAUUAUACAUAUAAGUCGAGAAUUAAUAGUAAAAAGAAAGAAGUAAAUAUGUACAUGUAUAUUAUUAUAAAUAUAUUCUAUAGUAAUUAUUGUAAUAAUGUUAAGCGUAAGACGGAAAAUGAAAUAUUGAAAUUAUAUACAAUAAAGAGUAUAUUGUGUA